CGCAGCGAACUGUCGCUACACAGUGUGUGGUCCCUGCACCUACACAUCGCCUCCCUCGGGCGGACGGACGGGGUGGGUGGUUGGUGUCGAUUUCAUUUUAGCUGAUCAAUUUCAUCCAUUCAAACAGCUCGGUCUAAAAAUAUGCCCGGGCACAUGAACUUUUUGGGACAUGCUGUUCGGGGCGACGUGCCGAUUCGAGGCUGCUCGUGUCUGCUGCGUUCACCUAGAUGUUGAAAGCACUAGGAGAUAUCAGUCCAGUGCACUGAAGCCCCGGUGUGCUGGCGGAGAGACAGAGUGGGGAGAAAGGGGGAGGAGGGACAUUCGCUGGUCUCCCAGCCAAGGACAGGAGCAGAACGCGUUACAUACAUACAUUCAUUUAUUUUAAUCAUUUGGUUCGGCGGCGGGGGCAGUGUUCAAACCGGCGAGGCGGUGGCUUGACAAUGUGCGGGCAAGUCGGUCCUUUUAGAUGGAUGAGCCGCUUUAACGAGGCGCUGGAUGUGGAUAACCCUGCAAGUGUGUUGGAGCCAUAGUCGCCGUGCCUUCAGAAGUGUGGAAUAUACGGAAAUUACACAACAUCUAGAAAAAAGGGGUUGUAUUUUUCAUUUUUUUAAAUUUGUCAUCCCGAAGAUCCAUCAGUCAGACUCUAUCCUGCAGGAUCAUGCUGUACUUCCAGAUGGUAAUUAUGGCUGGGACCGUCAUGUUGGCUUAUUACUUCGAAUACACUGAUACUUUCAACGUGCACGUCCAGGGAUUUUUCUGCCAUGACGGCACUUACACUAAGCCCUACCCGGGACCCGACGAGACCAGUGCCAUCCCGCCAGUUCUCCUCUAUUCUCUGGUCGCCGGGGUUCCCCCCGUGAUGAUAAUCGUGGGAGAAGUGGCUGUGUUUUUUCUUCAAUCAGCUUCUAAGGAGUUUGGAGAUCGGGAGAAGGCAAUAAUAACUGGAGACUGUUGUUACAUCAACCCCUUGGUUCGCAGAACUGUUAGGUUCCUUGGGGUUUAUGCAUUUGGACUUUUUGUUACUGAUAUUUUCGUAAAUGCUGGACAAGUGGUGACGGGAAAUCUAGCGCCGCACUUUCUCACAGUCUGUAAACCCAACUACACAGCGCUGGGCUGUCAUCAUGAAUCGGCGCAGUUCAUCAGCAGCGAAGAAGCCUGCACGGGCAACGUAGAUGACAUAACAAAAGCCAGGAAGACAUUCCCGUCCAAAGAGGCAGCUUUAAGUGUGUAUGCAGCAGUAUACCUGGCAAUGUAUAUCACGUGCACUGUGAAGACGACUGGAACAAGACUUGCAAAACCUCUCCUCUGUUUGGGUCUCAUGUGUUUGGCAUUUCUGACUGGAAUAAACAGAGUGGCGGAAUACCGAAAUCACUGGUCGGAUGUUGUGGCAGGCUUCAUUAUAGGAGCAGCAGUAGGAGUGUUUUUGGUUGCAUGCGUGGUGCAUAACUUUAAAGGAAGACACACUGUAAAUGAAAACCUGCAGAACAGCAGUAUGACCGACAUGUCCUUGAUCACCUUACAACGUAUGGAAAGUCCACUCGGAAAACUAAGUGCGGCGCAGAAUCACGUCUUUGCGGAAGUCACAUGAUCGUCAACCUGAAGUUUGUCCUAUUCUUUGGGCACCUUCAUUAUUUACUGUUCAAUGAUCACACUUGGGAUGAAAUGCAAGAUGCAGUCUCACUUAAUAAGACACAUACACUGAACUGUUUAUUCCUUCACGAGAUUCAAGUGAUAUUGGUGGUACACGGAGCAUUUAUAAUAAUUCAAGCACAUUGCACCAUUUUGAGGGGUAGAAAGUAUAUAUACAGUAUGGCAUUUUCUGUAUUUGUUUAUCCCCUGCACAGACUAAUGUCCUGACUGUUUUUGGUUAUUGCUAAAUCAUGCAACACAUAACCUAUUCUAAACUUUAAGGUGCAAUUAAUGCUUUUUUAAAAACAAAAAUCUUUGCAGGAAUCUUUUUGAAAGAACUGCCUAUUUUGUAUUCAUUGUGCUGAAAAAAAAAGAAUAUUUGUCAAGCAAUACUGCAUGAAAAGCAUUGUGAUUUAGAAAUUUCUCAUUACUUUUGUCCUGAUGUCCAGCAGUAAUUUUUCUUGCUGUUACUACAGUAAAUGUACAAAAGUAACCUAAAGCUGGACAAUAUAAUAAGGCUUUAAUUCUGCAACUGUGAUUGGGUUUUAUGUAAAUACAGGAUUUAGUGUGCAAGAUACUGCCUUAUUUAACUUUCCAUUUUGAUAGAAAAUGUCAGCCUCUCCCUGCCUCCAACAUUAAAACCUAAAUAAGACUGUAAUUAUAAAUCAGAUUUUAUAGUAAGAUUUUAUAAAUAAUGUAAUGUACAAACGUUAUGUUAUCUGUAACAAUUACAAAAGUAACUUUUGUGGUUUAAAUUAAAUUUUGAUUUUAAGACAUCUUGUUGAAAAAUAUUCAACUCCAUAGACUGAUUAAAUGCAUUUCUGGCACUAAUGUAGCCAUUCAAUACAUGUUCAAUUCAUUACAGCUUGAGAUGCCCCCAAUAACUCAGUAGAUAUUGAAUCCGUGAUAUGCCACUGAUUCCAGGUUUCACCCUGGCCUUUACUGAGGUCUUUUGCCCAAUGUGGGGGAAUCAAAAACCAGACGGCAUAGGUUUUAGGCGAAAGGAGCAAGAUUUAAUAGGAACCUGAGAGGCAACUUUCUCACUCAUUGAGUGUUGGUUAUAUGGAAUGAGCUGCCAGAAGUGGUAGUUGAGGCAGGUGCAAUAACAACAUUGAAAAGACACUUUGCUGGGGUACAUGGAUAGGAAAGGUUUAGAAGGAUAUGGGCCAAAUGGAGGCAAACGGGACUAGCUUAGAUGGGGUGGCUUGGUUGGCAUAGACGAGUUGGGCCGAAGGGCCUGGCUCCAUGCUGUAUGAACCUAAGUGGGAACGGAGGAUGACACAAGAAGGUCGAAGAAAAGAUGCAAUCCAGCAAGAGGUCCUAAUUCCUGUCUGCUAGCCUGUGGCCCAUUCCAGAUAAUAUGGUCUUUGGUAAGCAAACAUUCGCAGUUACCAGAUAAUAUGGUCAUUGGGAAACGGGGAGGUUUGGGUUCACUUCUAAUGGCUUCACUCCCAAUCAAUCUUGCCAUUGAUUGCUAACUACCUGAGCAAAGUAUAGGCAUUCCACUCAUACCCAAAGAAUCAUAAUCCAGCAUGGAAGGGAGAAGUCAAAAUACGGCCCAUCUUAGUCCGCCUGGGCCUAUACAACCUCCCGGUUGCUAAACAUUUUAACUUCUCCUCCCAUUCCUAUGCUGACUUUUCUGUCCUGGGCUUCCUCCACUGAGGCCAAAUGCAAAUUGGGGGAACAGCACCUCAUAUUUCACAGGAAGCUUACAAUCCAGACGUUUGAAUAUUGAUUUCUCUAACUUCAAGUAACCCUUGCUUU